UUCGCACAUGUGCCACGACUGCACGCCAGCCACCUUUCCCCUUCUCACGGUACCUGGAUCGUGACCUCCAACUUCACCGCUCGCAUUUCUCCAUCUGCGCACAACGAAUCGCUGCUACGGGCUUGGCAGCACACUCCUAAUCUCAUAGCACUCCGUCUGCAGGACGGCGCGGCUGCCGUCGACUGCUCUGUCGGCCACAAUGGCUCAGAUUGCCCUGCCACGACAGCACGUUACUCAGCCCUCUGAAUCUGACCGCAUGGGCUCACCGCUCUACAAGCGGCGAGGCGCCUCUGCUUCGGGUCCCAUCGAGCUCAUCGCCAAUCCGGACUUUGUCUUUCCGCAACCAUCGCCCGCAGACACGACCGACUCGACCACUUCGUCCAGACGGCCAAUGUCGCUCCAGGCUAUGCCUACCGGACGGCGAGGGUCGGCUGGAGGGCUACGCCAGAAGUCUGUCAGUGCCCUGCCGUUGCCAGACUUCAGCUUCAAUCCAUCUGCAGCAGACCAGUCCGUAGCGACGGCGCCCAUCACACCUCCCAUCUCACCUAUUGCCACAACACCCACGACUCCCUCUAGGAAUAUAGGACAUCGACGACGGGGGAGCGAGUUCAUUGGCGGUGACGCAAGGUCUGGGGGUGUGAGCAUUCUCAGUUCCAGCCCAACCAAGGCUGAAGCUGUUCUGCCUCCACCAGCUGCACUCCGCCCUGGCCCUCCGGCAGGCCGCCGUGGUCACGCCCACCGUCGUUCAGGUGCUAUAUCGUCUCAUGACCUGUCGUCCAUUCUCCAGCCGACCGAUGCCAACGCCACGACACGAGCUGGAAGCGCUCCUGUGACGCCAAUGGAGAAUGAAAUGAAACCGUUCCUCAGUCACUCGGUGAACAAGUCUCUAUCUCAGCCAUCCUUGCAUUCUUCAGCCGUGGAGGACGAUGUUCUGUUUCAGGAAGGUUCUGAUGGUCCCGAUUCAUCCCCACGACGGCCACCAUCGAGGGCACGAGUAGGAUUCUCUGACCGUGUUGAGUACAUUCGUCCCCUAUCGACGAUUUCCUCAGAGACAGAGAGUUCGCUAUCAACUCUUCGUGGCCAUUCAGUCUCUAAUAGCCUUUCAUCCGUUGUCAGCAAUGGAGCAGCCAGCCCACCUACUGCCCGUAUGGCCCGCCCUUCUCUGAACACCACAUUCGAGGACGACGCACGACCAAGCACAGCAGGUGCCGUGCUUGACAACAAGCAUAGGAACAGCGCCUUCGGUGGAGACCUGUUCAGCCGUAAGCGCCCAAUGUCUGCAGUUGUGCCGACCUCUCCGGGGUCUUCUGGCAGUCAUAUGACCACACCACGGAUUCCAGCCAAGCGACGAAGCUUCUUCCGCUUAGAUCAUGGACGUCGUAGUGACUCCUCCCUGCAUCUGGAAACCGCGAAUCCUGCGAGUGCUUCCGAUGCGUCUCUUUCUGCAGAUACGCUGGAAUCUCCUCCAGCUUCCCCGGACCGAGUUGUAGACCACGACGAAGAAGUGGAGUCUUCCGAAAAACCCAAAGGCUCCUCCCGGAAGACUCAACGAAAACCGCGAAAGGUGAAGUCUUGGGCUAAUGCUAUCAUCUCUCGAAAAACCCGCCAUGGACAUAAGUUCAAGAACAGGGUUCCUACACCCCCUCCAGAACCUUCUGCGACUGUAGAAGACGAAUAUGAGGACCUGGACUUCGGUGCCAAUUUUGACGUCGAUAAUACUGUCACUAUCGUCUCUCCCCCACCUGAGUCAGUUGAGAGACCUAGGCUGGAGACCGAUAUCGCCUCAUGGAAACCCAGAGAGUUCAAACGACAGAACUCGGACGCCUUGAGCCCGGUGAUCGACCUAGAUGCUGCUCUGGGACCUUUUAAUACACCUAUAGGUCCCAACGGACGCGGCAACAGUCGUGGGUUCUCGGGUGCCAGGCGGACGAUGCACAGUGCGGGAGGCAUUCUGCAAAAUCAUCGUCGAACUGAGAGUGCUCCUGAACUUGUUCCAUUUGAAUUCAGAGCUACCGCCAUCGCUACAACUUCACCAAUGGCAGAUGUUUUUGAAGAAGAGGAGGAAGAAGACGCCGAGAUGACCGAAGUGCCAACGCCAUCUAUUGAUAUCGUCACCGAGGAAGUCGAGGAUGAAUUGGAGGAGCCUAGCAUCGGCAUUCAAGUUGUUGACACAGAUGACGUUAGCAGUGGCUCCGCCAUCAACUGGAAUUUCGACGACGGACUCCGUAUCAAGCAUGAAAACAAGGCUUGCCCCCAAGCAUCUGUAGAAGAUGUUGCUCCCACUGAUGUUUCCUACUCUCGAGAGGAGACUCCUGUCCCAUUCGAGCGUCAGGACUCUUCUCUUGCGAUGGGAGCGGAUCCUGUUGAGGUUGUCGAGGAUUAUGAAGAGCCCCGAACCUCAUCUUUGACUCGCUCUUCCGACUCCACUAUCACUCCUACAAUGUCUGAAGAUGAAGCCAAACGGAAUCGACAACUACAUCUACCAUUGCCUCUCACCACGCACCAGAAUCUCAUGACCCCAGACACUUUCACGAACUCCUCCUACUCGUCACCCGACUUUAGGUCGAGCCAGACCUCAUUCGACACGCAACGUCUUGGUACUGCCUCGUCUUCUAUCACCGACUAUCGAAUGAUGAAUCCAGCACACUUUGGCGAGCCUGGGCCAGAACUUCGGGUUUCGGUCGAUGACGUUCCUUCCUUGACAAGCAGCAGGUCGACAAUGACCAGCGCUCUUCAUAACACAUUCCCACUUAUGAGCCCUCGGAACCCUAGCGAACGUACGGGUUCCAUGAGCUCGAUCCCAAGCGAUGUCUCUGAGCGACGUAGGAAGCGCUCUAGCAUUGCCAGUCUAUCCAGACUCAUCCAGGGCUCUUCGUUCGGCGAGAGAAGCAAGCUAUCAAUUGAGCAUAGGCCGCAAUCCGCACACAUGGAGACGACAACCAAGGACCCUAAAGUCAAAAAGCACAAGCGAUUGAGCAAGAUGAUGCAGUUCUGGAAGCCCAGGGAAUCCUCUCAAAACUGAAGCGAACCCUCAACAUCCUGGGAAACCUCUCUAUACAAUUACCCAUACCUCACUCCUCCUCUCACUCACUUUAAUAACCGGACGGCGAGGUCGGACCAACUACCGGCCUAUGUUGAUGGCACGA